GGCGCAUUUUAAAACCCUAAAACUAUCAGCUCAAAGGGUUUAAGCAGGAGCGAGACUUUGUGGACAGACGAUCGGAAUCUGUAGAGAUGAGUUUGGUAGCAGGGUCAUACGAGCGAUUUAUCUGGGGAUUCAAGCUCAAAACCCUUAAACACUCCACCGAAACCCUAACGCUCUCCCCAAUUUUCUCUUUUCCAUCUCAUCUUUCUCCAAUCAAGUGUGUUGCCGUUGCCGGAACCGUCGCUGUAUCUGGUGGGUCUGAUGACACCAUUAAGAUAUACGACCUAUCCACUUCAUCGGAGGUUGGUUCACUCAAUGAUCCAACCGCCACCGUCACAUCGCUAUCCCUUUUCACCCCUCCGUCUCUCUCAUCUUUCCCUCGUAACCUGUUUUCGGCAUAUGAUGACGGUAACAUAUCGUUCUACGAUGCCGAUCCCUUCGUUCACCUAAAAACUUUGAAGAUACACAAGAAAGGUGUUAAUGAUAUGUCUGUUCACCCGUCGGGGAAGUUGGCGCUGACGGUGGGUAGAGAUUCUUGUUUAGCUAUGGUGAAUUUGGUUAGAGGAAGGAGAAGCUUUUACUGUAAGAUGGGGAAAGAAGCUUCUGUUGUGAAAUUUGAUUGUAGUGGCGAUAAGUUCUUCAUGGGGAUGGAUGAGAAGAUAUCAGUCCAUGAAGCAGAGGAUGCAAAACUGAUAGUUGAAUUGGAAGCCAACAAAAAAGUUCUCUGCAUUGCACCUGGAAUGAAUGGACUUCUUUACACUGGUGGAGAAGACAAGAAUCUCACAGCAUGGGACACAGUCAGUGGGAAGGUUGCAUAUUGCAUCGAGGAUGCACAUUCAGCUCGUCUAAAAGGAAUAGUAGUGCUUUCUAAGAUCGAUGGGACAUCCGAUGAUGAACCAUUCUUGGUAGCAUCUGCCUCUUCAGAUGGUAUCAUACGUGUUUGGGACGUCCGUAUGGCCAAUAAGGCAAAGCCAAAUCCGUUGGCUGAGGCUAAUACGAAGUCUAGACUCACUUGUCUAGCUGGAUCUUCCAUUAAAUCUAUGAAGAGGAAAGAGGAGCAGCAGCAGCAGCAGCAGCAAGAGGAGGAACCAAAAGGGUUGUAGUGUGUUUUCAUUUUUUAUUGAAUUGUUUGACAUGUAAAACAAUGGGCAGGUGAUUUUGUUGCUAAUUAUAUUACAAAAAGCUGGUUCUCGAU